CGUCAUAAUUUAAAUGGCGAUUUAACGCGAAACAGCAAACUCAUGAAUAUUCAUCCGCCCAAGGCCAUAUCAGUCACCAAAUAUUUCACGCGCAUCAGGUCGAGCGCAUCUAAUAACGUGAGGGACAGACUGCUGACAGGACGCUCUGGAAUCUUUGACUUAAGUUACACCGACUCUUCACAAGGAAAAUGGCUCAGAGACAUUUUGAAGGAGAAGCACUCGCUAAAUCUUACCAGUGCUACCGGGUGUCUCCACCUCAGGACCUCAUAGAUGAAGUGUUGAACUUCCUUCGGAAAACAAUACAGGGUGAUCUGGAUCUAGCCGUGGAUGUCGGCUGUGGAUCCGGACAGGGUACCAAAUUGUUAGCCCCUCACUUUCUCAAAGUGGUCGGGUUAGACAUCAGUCCAGCUCAACUAAAGAUAGCUGAUGCUGAUGAACAUGCUCCAAAUGUUUCUUACAGAGAGAGUCCUGCGGAGGAUUUGCCCUUUGAGGACGAGUCAGCUGACUUGGUUACGUCCAUGACGGCUGCUCACUGGUUUGACCAUCCACGCUUUCUGAAAGAGGCUGACCGUAUUUUGAGGCCGGGUGGCUGUCUAGCUCUGCUUAGCUACACUUUGGAUUUUGAGCUAGAAUAUGAAGACCGAUCCCCUAAACUUAAUGAAAUCUGUCAAGAGUUCUAUGCGACUGUGCUCCCUUUCCGAAAAGCUUACCUUGGAUCCAGUUCUCUGAAACUCUACAAGAAGAUCUAUGACAUGGUUUCAUACAAAGAUAAAGAGUGGCAUGCAUGUCGGAGGAGCCGAGUACGUAUGCCACUAUCGAGCUAUAUUGGUUUGGUUGAAACGUUUGCCACAUAUCAAGGUUUUUAUGAAAAUGAUCCUGAUGAAGCCAGGAGACUAUCUAAGACCAUCACAGAGAGAUUGAUGGAAGCAAUGGGGGCUUCAACCCCUGACACAGAAGUGGUGGUUGUGGUGAAAUAUUUCUAUUUUUUGGCAUCUAAACCACAGGAAUCCUAGAAUUUUACUGUAUUAAAGACACUGGCUCUCUGGUUC